CGUCAGCAGCAGCACCAUACCGGGGCUGAAGAGUGGGUGACGGGAGCAAGCACCACCAUCAGGAAAAAAAAAAAUACCAGGAGCGAUAAAAUGUACGGACUACAAGGUUCCAUUUGACUGUCAGUAAGACGUUUUCGCAUUUUGUGGGUUCAGUCCUGGCGAGGUUUUUUGGAGAAUACUAGCUCAAUACAAUGAAGGUCCACUGUCAGGCCGAGCUUUCUGUUUUUUAGCCAGUUGUCUGCAAUUCCACGGAUGGCUAGCUGAGCGAAAGUAGCUAGCUAACAAUUAGCCUGUCCAUUUAGCAAUCCUGGUCACUGGGUGGGCUGCAGGCGGAAAACUGCUUUGAACGCAGCCGUGUAGCAGUGGUCUCAUUAGGAUUGGUAACGUUACAAAGGUUAUCGUUCGUCGAGUGCUUUAAACAGUGAGCUAACCUGUGUUUAUUCAGUAGAUGGACAGUUGGACGGUCUCUCAUUGUCAGUGCGCGGGCGUACAGUGUUGGUUUCGGGGCGGAUAGGCUUGUACUCGGCCGGGCAACCAGCAGAGGGUUGUACAGAUGUGGCAGCCAGUUGUGUUCCGCUGUCUCUGGGACCGAAGUUAAUCAUUGGAAAUAUAAAAGCGAAUUCUUCACGAUAGUUAGGCUUUCGGGCUGACCAGGUGUUAAGGAGGGAAAGGAAAUAAAAGGUGCACACUGAAAAUUCAACUUGACACGUUAGCUUGGUUAGAACGUUAGCCGCAUUUAGCUUACAAGCUAGUUAGUGAGUUACCCAAACGAAUUUCAUUUAUUUUGGAACGUGCAUCAAAUAAAAUUAUGUGCACCUUCGCCAGUCAUCAAAGAUGUUUGUGAACAUGUUGCAUGGUAGAUAUUUUGUGAUGAGCUGUCAGCCCCUGUAAGUCUGAGUAUUUGGGUAAGCUGUCAAAUAUUAGACACUUGACAGCAGUUGUACCGUUAACAAAGGAGGUUUGAUUCUGCAGCAGACUAUCAAAACUUGACAGUAUUUUCCUUGGUUUAACUUAUUGAAAACGGCCUGUUGCUCGGAGGGAAGGGGGUUUACUUAUUUGACACUGUGUGACACUGUAGCCCGACGCCCCUUGUCAGACGGGCUUCUCGGCUCAUGCGGUGAUGACUUUAGACUUCAUGAUGGCUUGUUGCCUGAGUGAGGAGGCGAAGGAGUCCAAACGAAUCAACGCCGAGAUCGAGAAACAGCUCCGGCGGGACAAAAAAGAUGCAAGAAGGGAGCUGAAGCUUCUUCUGCUAGGAACUGGAGAGAGUGGCAAGAGCACUUUCAUCAAGCAGAUGAGAAUAAUCCAUGGGUCGGGCUACACAGACGAGGAUAAAAAGGGCUUCACCAAACUGGUGUACCAGAAUAUCUUCACCUCUAUGCAGGCCAUGAUCCGUGCAACUGAGACUCUCAAGAUCCCAUUCAAGUAUGAAGAGAACACGAAUAAUGCUCAGCUGGUGCGUGAGGUGGAUGUGGAAAAGGUGUCAUCAUUCGAACAGCCAUACAUUAGUGCGAUAAAGAGGCUGUGGGCUGACCCUGGCAUCCAGGAGGCCUACGAUCGUAGACGAGAGUACCAGCUCUCUGACUCCACCAAAUAUUACCUUAGCGAUUUAGAUCGAAUAGCAUCUCCGGGAUUUGUGCCCACUCAGCAGGAUGUGCUGCGGGUUCGAGUGCCUACCACCGGCAUCAUUGAAUACCCAUUUGACCUGGAGAAUAUUGUCUUCAGGAUGGUGGAUGUGGGGGGUCAGAGGUCUGAGAGGAGGAAGUGGAUCCACUGCUUUGAGAACGUCACCUCCAUCAUGUUUCUGGUGGCACUUAGCGAGUACGAUCAGGUUCUAGUGGAGUCGGACAACGAGAAUCGUAUGGAGGAGAGUAAAGCUCUCUUCAGGACCAUUAUCACAUAUCCCUGGUUCCAAAACUCCUCUGUCAUCCUCUUUCUAAACAAGAAGGACCUACUGGAGGAGAAGAUUAUGUAUUCUCACCUGGUUGACUACUUCCCAGAGUUUGAUGGUCCCCAGCGGGAUGCCCAGGCAGGACGGGAGUUCAUCUUGAAGAUGUUUGUGGACUUGAACCCUGACAGUGACAAGAUAAUCUACUCCCAUUUCACAUGCGCCACCGAUACAGAGAAUAUCCGCUUCGUCUUUGCAGCCGUCAAAGACACCAUCCUGCAGCUCAACCUCAAAGAAUACAACCUGGUGUGAAGGAGAGAUGGAAAAAGAGAGAGGGAGAGAGAGCAAGCAAGCAAGAGACCUCCGCCCCCCACCCCCCACAUCUGCAUGAAACACAUUUGCUCUCAAAGACAUGAGCUUUGCUUUAUACUUUACCAGAUCAUGUUGGCCCCUUUGCCCACCUAGUUUCUCCAGUUGUUGAUUUGCCUAUGUUUUUUUAAAUUUUUUUAUAUCUGUUUUGUGGUUCUAUUAAUUUGCUCCUCUUGCACAAACACACACAAAUAUAACACUCCCUUCAUUUGUCCCCUUUUGCUGUGGAGUUUUGAUCUGCUCCAGGGGUCUUCUUGGUCCUCUUUGGCCCUUGGCAUGAUUGAUAAUUGUUCUUUCUUUUUACACAACAUUAUCACCAGUGCUUGUGUGUACAAGGUGGGUAAAGAGCCUUCUCUGGGUACAGUAAGCUUUUAUGGACAAAGGGCUUUCUCCCUUCUUCAUAUUUACCCCAUGCAUGUUAUACACUACAGCAGGAGGGCAGGAGGUCAGGCUGCAGACUCUGGACUUGGCUCAUCUGCAUCGGGUAACUAAUUAUGAUGAUAGGAUUAUAUUAUUAGGCAGUGCUGGGAUGCGGUGAGGUACUUAGUUCCCCUGGGUCUUAAAUUUUUUGUUGUUGUUGUUGUUUGUUUUUGUUUUUUUGUUUUUUAAACCCUGCCCCAGAUCACAGCACAGGAUCUCUGUUGAAUGUAAAUAAUUUUUUUAUGCUUCGCACACAGAGUGGCGGCUAAACAGAGAUGACUACUCUCUGGACUUUAAAUAGUUUUCAUUGUUAACUUCAUGGCUCCAUUAUUACUGCUAUUGUUCUUCAGUUAAAAGCAAGUUGAGGGUGACUAGUCAAAGGAUUGCAACCCUCCAGAAAGAGUUGCAGUAUGAUCCAUAUACAACAUCCAUACAUUAAGAAACAAACAAUUAAGUGACACCAAUAAUUGAUAGUUGCAUACUGUGCAUCAGCUCUGCUGUUAUUGUGCAUCAUUGCUAAUUUCAAACCACUUUUGCUCUGUAAAUAUAAUUACAUUGCCAGUGUCUUGUUCAUUGCUUAAGUGGUUGAAGUACAAACAAAACAUUUGGGAACUGGUAUUACCAAAAUUGUAUUUUUUCUAAUGUUGGCUCAUUCAGAUAUUGAUGGAAUAACAACUGGCUUUGUGUGGCAUUUCUUUUCUGUUUAACAGUUGCCUGGAUCACAUGUGUCAGUACUGUGAUGGCGAGGAUAAUCUCUCUGUGUACAAUGUGUGAACAAUGUGUGAAUGACAGUACCACAUUAGUAGAGUGCAGUAGUUUGGGGGGUGGGGGGCUUUUGCUACGCCAGCUGGCUUCAGUCACAAGUUAGUGUCAUUCAUCUAAAUCUGCAUUAUUUUGCCAUUUUUUGGACCAUUUGAUAAACUGUAAUGGCAGCAGAGUAAAUAGUUGUUUUUUCCCCUUUUUUGUUUGUCUAAUUUAUCAACCAGAUCUAUGUAUUGUUGAUACAGUGAAUGAGACUUCUUCCCUAAUUUUAGUUUUUCCAGACUAGGACACAGGAAGAGAUUUUAUACUGCUGUAAAAUAUCAAAACUAUUUUAUGGACAAGUGUUCUAUCUUUCUAAUGAUACUUCAUAUAUUUAGUUGUUGCAGUUCUGUUUUUAAACGCUUGACAAUGGGAAAGCAAUGUUUCCAUGUCAGGUAUGUGCUUUAUGCAAAUAGGAAAAUGAAAAAAAAACUUAGUGGUUUACUAUUUACUGUUCAAGGAAGCUUGUGUUUUUUGUAAUUUUUCAGGAUACGUGUUGGCUAUUGGUACCAGUCCCAUAUCGUGUCUCUUGCCUGAUAGUUGUUUCAAUAUUCCAUUAAGCUGAAAGUUGAUUGAUGGCUAUUUUUGUCUUCUCAUUGUAAUUCAUUCAGGUAAGCUUUCAUAACUUUUUCAUUACAAGGGCUACUAUUAGCAGCUUUGGAAGAAAUACAAGAGCUCUAUGAAUUGCAUAGAGCACAUUUAGUUAACGAGGGCGACUGAAUCAAGAGUGUCGAUGUCCUGUUAAGGACGAUGGCUACACGUUCAGUGAAGGAGCAAUGCAGUAGUCCGCAGAUGCCUACAUGACAUUGCUGAGGAAAGUCUGGUGGCUGAAUUUUUUUUUUGUUUGUUUUUUGUUGUUGUUUUCUGUCUUUCUGAGGAAGAGGAAAGAAGUGGGGGUUCCUGGGGUGCAGUAGCACAUUUGAAUGUCUUAGCUGUUGCACCUAAACAUCCUCAUCUCAUGAAUUUUGUGCUCUUCCUCUUGGCUCUAUGAUAAUUUCCACUAUGUGGUUAUACAUAUUUGAGUUGACUCUUCAUUGGAAGUUAUUCUGUGGUGGAUUUUGGCAUUGCCUAUGUUGGAGUCAGAACAAAAGGAGUGCUAGCACAUUGAAAUAGUAUCUCAGUCGGAUUUAACUUAUUAGAUACAUUCUUACUGAUCUUAAAUUGUUUACUAAAAGGUUUAGAAUUCACAUUUCUUGGUGAUUUUUCUACAUAAAAGUAGUGUGACCUACCUGCGUAGAUGCACGCUAUGAGAAUAUAUUUAGAAAUUGUCAUGCUAAUAUGUACAUUAAACCAUUAUGUGUAGAUUUUGUGCAUUCUGAAACACCCAAUAAAAGAGGGAGGUGUUUAUUUAAGCUAAGUGCCACUGUGCGAGUUGAAACGUUUGAAAUGUUUCAAGGGUCAGACUUUGAGAAAGCAUGUUUGUUUUGGCUUUGAUCUUGUUUAUUCAGCUUGUAUUGGUAAAAGAUUAAUCUUUGGUGCUUCAGCCAACAUUUAAAGGUGUUUUGUUAGUUUGUCCCAUAUGUAGGGUGACGCUUCACAUGAGCUCACUAACAAGUUAAAUUUGUGGGUGCCGCAAUUAUUAUUAUUAUUAUUUGUAGUAGUAUUUUGAUAUGUGGAUGAAUAAACUGACUGACUCGAGCUGAGUUCGCUCCACUGCUGGGAUAAUAGAUGAUGUCUGUUAGUGUUUUUAAAAUUUUCUGCUUGGCUUUCAGGAGGCACACUCCCUUCCCCUGAACUGAGGCUCGCCACUUCAAGGGCAGGUGUGUGGUCUGUUAUGCUUCAUUCCUAUAUACAUGAUUUGUUGUCCAGCAAAUAAACUUGAACGGCCUGCUGUGAGGAUGGUAAACAAAAUGAAGGCGACCACUCCAGAGACUACUGUUGGCAUGAUGCGUACUCUUUUAAAAAUGUUUUUCAAUUCUUCACUUGCUGACAAUAUGUAGACUUCAUAACUUAUCUGGUCAGUGGUUCACAGAACCAGCCCCACAAAAAGUCAGAUACUGUAACUACACUAACAGUCAUUAGAGCCGGUGGCAGAUUUGGGUCAGUUAUUUAAAAACAUUUCCACUGAUUGAUACUGUAUGUAUAUGCUUUAUUCUGCAUAGAAGACAAGUUGGUGAAAUUUUGUGUGACAAUCCAGUACAAAACACAGUGCCAAGCAAAAUCAGUCGCAACAGGAAGGAUAUCAACAGUCUAACAUUUGUUAUAACUUGACCCCAUUCUCUGUGUUCAUGUUAUUAGACUUUUACAUUGUAUUUUUCUCUCUCUCGCCAAAUGAAGCUUGUGUUAAGCCUCAGUAUUAAUGCAUUUACCACUUGCAAAGUGAAGGUACUGAAAUGGCAAUUUUAAUAUUUUGGUGGUUAAAAUAAGUAAGUGAACGAAUAUGCUGUGUGUUUACAUGAUGAUAUUCUCUGCUCCCCGCACCCCUCCCCCCUUUCUUAAUUUCCCGGGUCAGAGGCAAUGAAAUUGCACCACUGCAAUGGACCUGCAUUCAUGCAACUUAGAUGUCCAUUCAAGUGCUUGUUGGUAUUCUGAGGUGUGUGUGUGUGUGUGUGUGUGUGUGUACACUUUUGAUGGCUUUUUCUUAUGCUUGAGAUCCAUUCUGGUCAGAGGGAUGGAAAUACAGUGAUAUUAAAAUAUAUCUUUGCAUCUUUUUUGUUUUCUUUUGUAAGGUUGACACUCCUUAACAUGUAUGUUUAGGACCACUUAAGAUGACACUUUUUAAAGAGUUUAAAUAAACUUUGUGUAGUGGUGUACAAAUUGAAAGUAAUGUAUUUUUGUUAAUUUUUUUUUCUUUUUUUAAGUAUACCAAAUGUAAAUUAUGUACAAUGAGUGUGCCAAUCCCCUUUCUUUGUAAAGCCAGACUCUUAACAAGUGCCAAUGUUGUGAAAAAUCAGAGGGCCUGUGAAUUCCAUGGUCCAGUUUUUAAAACAUAAACACUCAAGUAUGUGGUUAACAUAAAAGGACAGUUGUGGUUAACAUAAAAGGACAGUUUUAUGCUAUAUUUAAGACUAAUGAACUGCUGUUUUUAAGAUAAAUGUCAUUUUAAUUGCAUGUGUUUGUCAGGUUGGGGAGGGAAUGGGAGGGUGAGAUACUGUAUUCAUGCAACAUAAAGGGUCCUAAUGGUUAUUGAUUUGAACAUGAAAAUGACUUUCAUAGCCUUCG